CUCUCUGUUCUCUCUCUCUCUCUCUCUCUCUUCUUUUUAUUUCUGUUUCCCAGUUAACAAGAGCAACCAACCACUGCAAAAAUCAGAAACAGAACUACCAGCACAAACAAAUUUUAAAAAAAACGCUGUCGUCUCAGUUUGACACCUUGCAUGCUCUCUCACUUUCUCUUUCUUAAUUCGCCUUCUCGGCAGAUUCCUUUUCUUACCCCCCACUCCAAAACCCUAAAACCCUCACUCCCCCUCCCCUCCUCCCUAGUAAUAAUGAAGGACCGACCACCUUCCUCCGUCUACGUUCCUCCACACCAACGGCUUCGCUCCGUCAUUACGAAGCCUAGUUAUACCUCUGGUUCCGCUGCUUCUUCGGUUGGCGAUAAUCUUAAUCAUAAUCAUAAUCGAAGUGCCGUUUUAAAUGGCUCUCCUGUACCUUACUUUCAACAACAGCAGCAACAAGGGAACGGUUUUGUUGAUAAGAAUAUUAGUAAUUAUAAGUUCAUUUCUGCCUACGGUGAUGGAGUCUUUGAGGAGGGAUCCGAUCGCGAAAUGGAGUCCUCCACUGUUCUACCUGGUGCUUCCCUUUCUGAUAACAUUCAGGAGUGGAAAUGGAAGUUAACCAUGCUUUUGCGAGACAAGGAGAAACAAGAAUUGGUCUCAAGGGAUAAAAAGGAUAGACGUGAUUUUGAUCAAAUAGCAGCCUUGGCAAGCGGAAUGGGUUUAUAUAGCCAACUAUAUGUAAAAGUUGUUGUUUUCAGUAAGAUCCCAUUGCCAAACUAUAGAUUUGAUUUGGAUGAUAAGCGUCCGCAGAGAGAGGUGAACCUACCUCUUGGUUUGCAAAAAAGAGUGGAUGCUUAUCUUGGAGAAUACCUCUUUCAAAGAUCCAACACUAAGGAAAGAUUUCCAGAUUUUUCCUCUUCUAGAUCAAGCAGCAAUAGUAGUCUUGCUACUGAUGAAGGGCUUUUUGAGCCAACAGAGUCCCUGGCAUCCAGUAAGGCUGUCAUGGAAAAAAUUCUGCAGAGGAGAAGUUUGCAAUUGCGUGAUCAGCAACAUGCUUGGCAGGAGUCCCCAGAAGGCAGAAAAAUACUGGAGUUUCGGAAAAAUCUACCUGCUUAUAAAGAGAAGGAUGCAAUAUCAACAGCCAUUUCACAAAAUCAGGUGGUUAUUAUCUCAGGUGAAACUGGUUGUGGCAAGACCACACAAAUUCCCCAGUUCAUAUUAGAAUCUGAGAUAGAAUCUGUCCGAGGAGCUGUGUGUAAUAUUAUAUGCACACAGCCAAGACGAAUAUCUGCUAUGUCGGUUUCUGAAAGAAUUGCUUCAGAAAGGGGAGAGAAGUUGGGUGAAUGUGUUGGAUAUAAAGUUCGGCUUGAAGGUAUAAGAGGAAGAGAUACCCACCUUCUCUUUUGCACCACUGGUAUCUUGUUGAGAAGGCUACUUGUUGAUAGAAAUUUAAAGGGCAUAACUCAUGUUAUCGUGGAUGAGAUUCACGAACGUGGAAUGAAUGAAGACUUUCUGCUUAUUGUCCUUAAGGAUCUCCUUCCUCAUCGGCCAGAUCUUAGGCUGAUUCUGAUGAGUGCAACACUUGACGCGGAGCUUUUCUCAUCCUAUUUUGAUGGAGCUCCAAUACUUCGCAUUCCAGGUUUUACAUACCCAGUGCGAACUCUUUAUCUAGAAGAUAUCCUGGAAAUGACAGGUUACAGAUUAACCCCAUACAACCAAAUUGAUGACUACGGCCAAGAAAAGGCGUGGAGAUCAAGUAAACAAGCUCCAAGAAAGAGGAAGAGCCAGAUUGCUUCUGCUGUUGAGGAGGCACUAAGAGCUGCUGAUUUCAAGGAUUAUAGUCCUCAGACUCAGGAAUCUCUGUCGUGUUGGAAUCCUGAUUGCAUUGGGUUUAAUCUGAUUGAAUAUCUCUUAUGCAAUAUAUGUGAGAAUGAGAUGCCCGGUGCUGUCUUAGUUUUUAUGACUGGUUGGGAUGACAUAAGUUCCCUGAAGGAUAAGCUCCAGGUUCAUCCUAUUUUAGGAGAUCCAAGCCGAGUCUUGUUGCUCACCUGCCAUGGUUCUAUGGCUAGCUCAGAGCAGAGAUUAAUAUUUGAUGAACCUAAUGAUGGGGCGAGGAAAAUAGUGCUAGCUACUAAUAUUGCUGAGACAAGUAUCACAAUUAAUGACGUUAUUUUCGUACUUGACUGUGGGAAGGCGAAGGAGUCUUCAUAUGAUGCACUAAAUAACACUCCUUGUCUGCUGCCUUCCUGGAUUUCUAAGGUUUCUGCUCAACAAAGAAGAGGAAGAGCUGGCCGUGUUCAACCAGGAGAAUGUUACCAUCUCUAUCCUAGAUGCGUUUAUGAUGCUUUUGCAGAGUAUCAGUUGCCAGAAAUCUUGAGGACGCCUUUGCAGUCUCUUUGUCUACAGAUUAAAAGUUUGAAACUUGGAAGUAUUUCUGAAUUUCUCUCUAGGGCUUUGCAGUCGCCUGAGUUGUUGGCGGUUCAAAAUGCUAUCGAAUAUUUAAAAAUCAUUGGCGCCUUAGAUCAGAAUGAAAAUUUGACUGUUCUAGGAAAAUAUUUGACUAUGUUUCCCAUGCAACCUAAACUUGGAAAGAUGCUCAUACUAGGUGCUAUCUUCAAUUGCCUGGAUCCAGUAUUGACAAUUGUUGCUGGCCUUAGUGUUAGAGAUCCUUUCUUGACACCAAUGGAUAAGAAGGAUCUUGCAGAGGCCGCAAAAUCUCAAUUUUCCUGUGACUAUAGUGACCAUCUUGCCCUUGUCAGGGCGUAUGAGGGCUGGAAAGAUGCUGAAAGAAAUUUUGCAGGAUAUGACUAUUGCUGGAAAAAUUUUCUUUCGAUGCAAUCAAUGAAAGCGAUUGAUUCUCUUCGGAAGGAGUUCUUAUCCUUGCUCAAGGAUGCUGGCCUGGUCGAUGGCAGCAUAACGUUCUGCAACACAUGGAGUCAUGAAGAGCAUCUUAUUCGUGCAGUUAUUUGUUAUGGCCUCUAUCCAGGAAUUUGCUCUGUUGUGCAUAAUGAGAAGUCAUUCUCUCUGAAAACUAUGGAGGACGGGCAAGUGCUUCUGUACUCGAACUCGGUCAAUGCUCGGGAGUCUAAAAUACCUUAUCCAUGGCUGGUCUUCAAUGAGAAGAUAAAGGUCAAUGCCGUUUUUCUUCGGGAUUCAACAGCUGUUUCUGAUUCUGUGUUGCUUCUCUUUGGCGGAAGCAUCUCCAAGGGGGAAACUGAUGGACAUCUGAAGAUGCUGGGAGGAUAUCUGGAAUUCUUCAUGAAACCAAUUAUAGCUGAAAUGUAUCAAAGUUUGAGGAGGGAACUUGAUGAGCUGAUUAAGACAAAACUUUUGAAUCCCAGAAUGGAUUUGCAUGCGUAUCAUGACCUCCUAUCUGCCAUACGUUUACUGGUUUCGGAGGAUCCAUGUGAUGGUAGAUUUAUAUUUGGUUGUCAAGUCCUCAAGCCGUCAAAGAUGUCUGUUACACCAACACAGGGAGCCUUAGCUUCAAGGACUGAAAGUGGCCCUGGAGGUGAUAAUUCUAAGAGUCAGCUCCAGACAUUGAUAACCAGGGCAGGAUAUGCUGCACCAACAUACAAGACAAAGCAGUUGAAGAACAGCCAAUUUCGAUCCACUGUGGAGUUCAACGGAAUGCAAAUUAUGGGGCAGCCUUGCAACAACAAGAAGAGUGCUGAAAAGGAUGCAGCAGCUGAGGCCCUCCGGUGGCUGAUGGGUGAGACACGGACUGGCCCUGAGUAUAUCAAUCAUAUGUCAAUGUUGUUAAAGAAAAGUAAGAAGGAUCAUUGCUAAGACAAUGUUGUCAAGCGUACUAUAGACCACUUCCCAGCUUGCAACAAGCAGAGGAGUUUAUCGGCUUAGCAAUGCCUGGCCACAUUUACUUUAGUCUCAUCUCAUUGUUAUGUGGGUCCAACUCCUAUUCUCUGCUUCAAAGAGGAAAAGGACAGUGGAAUGGCAAUAUCAUGGUGUGGUAAUUCCGAGGGUCACUUGAUACACGGGCAAUUUGAUAUGCAGGUUGGCCCUGCAGUCGUGGGCAUAUAUUGACUCGGGUAAUUUUUACCUGGUUUUAGGCAGAGCUAGGCUGACUGGUUCCGGUUAUAUGAGGAAACAUAUAUUUCCAGUGUACCCCUCCGCCUCUGGAGGUGCAUGAUUUAUGAUACAAGGGACUAGUGAAUUUAUCUGUGAGAUUAACUGGAAAGGAUGAUGAUUCAAGGCAGUAGUGCAUUUAUCUGUGAGAUUAACUGAAGAGUUAUUGCAUUUAAUCUUGUGAGAUUAACUGAAUAAGGAAGAUUCAAGCAAGGCAGUAGUGCAUUUAUGUGAGAGAUUAACUAAGUGGCUGAAUAGCAUUUGACAUAGGAGUAUAGUUCAACUAAUUUUAUUAUGAUGCUGCAGACCUCAGAAGCGCCUGUACAGUGUAAAUAUCUGAACGGUUAAUGCACAACAGUAUGUUACUAUUUCAUUGUUAUUGGAGGCUUUUGUGUAAAAAAUUCUUGAGGUCCAGCAUUAGUAUAUUCUUGAAUUCUCCUCAUCCGCAUUUGUUGGAAGGUUAAUUUUGUUGAAUUAAUAAAAAGAAAGUAACUUGUGGUUUUA